AUGGAGGGUCUUAUGAGGAACCCUUUGAUGACGAGGAGUUCAGUGACUAUGAAGAAGACGAUGAGAAACAAGAAAGGCAUCGUAGUCGUAGCCGAAAGCAUGACAGAAAGCACCAUCAUCACAGUUCUAAAAAGCAUCGCCGUCACCGCAAAAGGUCUCGUUCAAGAAGUCGAACUCGAAGCCGUGAGCGAAAAUCUGGCAGAGUACACAUCAAUCCUAACUUUACGUAUAAAUUUGGGACCAACGGCGUCAUCAUUGCUAGAAACCAACAAUAUUCUCGAGGCUGAAGUGGUUCGUCUGCGUAAUGAGUUAGGCUGUACAAGUAUACGUAUUAGAGCGCUUGAAAAUGAACUUAGCAAUGGUGCAGUUCUUCGUGGAAAUCUAGAGCAAGAAUUGUCGAUAUCUCGACUCAAUUAUCAGAAACUUCAGCAGACUUCAACGAAGAACACUCAGAUAAUUUCCUCUCUCAAGAGCGACAUCGUAUCGAUGCGCAAAGAGAAAGAAGGAGUUGUAGAGAAGCUGAAGCAGACGGAAAUGCAAUUGUCGGCACAUACUGAACAGGUGGCCUUUCUGACAAAAAGAAAUGAAGUGUUGGGAAAGAAAUGCGAGGAGUUGGUGGACAAGAAUCGUAUUUGUAGGGAAGAGAGAGAUGAUGCCUUACAACUUGCAACUUCGAUGAAGAGAGAAGUAGAGAACAUUCAGUCAACCUUAGACCUUAGAUUAGCGGAAUACAAAAGAUUGGAUGGAGACCUAGCCACAGCUCGUGAUAAGGAGCGUCUGUGGAAAAUAGAGAAAUUGGAACUGGAGAGGAAAUUAGCUGCAAAAGAUUCAUCAAUAGCCGCUGAGCGGAAACGCAUGGAAGAACAGCGAAAACGUGACAAAGCUCAAUUGACUGAAAUGGAGAAGAAGCUGAAAUGCGAACAACCUGGGUGGGAAUCACAACUAGGAGUGGAAGCCGUCUUUCGUGCUAUUGAGGCGAUCAAGAAUGAAUUUUCCGGGCAGAUAGAGCAUCUUACAGAGCAGGUGAUUCCAUUGAAAGAGAAAAGUAGUUCGAUAGCUGCAUAUCAAUUGGCAUCCAGUCACCCUCCCCGUAUACAUAGCGCACCUCCGUUAUCAGAUGUACAUAUCCCUCUAUCGUCUUCGUUGUCUUGUCCAGAUGCACGGUACUUACCAGCUGAAUGCGUGCCAGUGAAAUCGCCAAAGGUUGAGGUUGAUAGUUUCACGGAACAAGAAUUGAUAGGCGGUGACGAUGAUGUAGAGUUGUCGGAUAGCACACUCAUACAAAUUGAUGAGGAAGUGCUUUUGAGCGAUUCACCGCACUGA